GCUAAAUGACAUUUGUUACAUAUAGUAAUAAUAGCUAUCAUUGUAUACAAUUUUUGGGAUUAUAAACUCUGUGCGUGCAACGUAAGUAAAAACUAAGAACAAUAAAAAUGGCACUAGCUCAUCCAGAAGGAAGAAUCGAGACCGAUGAGAUCUUUAUGGGAAUUGCGCUUCUUGCUUCAAAACUCAGUAACGAUAAAAACUGUAAAGUUGGCGCAUGUAUAGUACACAAUGAAAAAACGAUCGUAGGCGUUGGAUACAAUGCAAUGCCUGAUUAUCGUGACAGCGAAUUUCCUUUCAAAAAGAAUAAACAUAAUUUCUUAGAAUGCAAGUUAACAUACGUAUGCCAUGCAGAACUUAAUGCCAUUGUGAACAAAACGUGUUGCAAUAUUAGAAACUCCACCAUUUAUGUUACUCGUCAUCCAUGUAAUGAAUGUGCUAAAUUAAUAGUACAAUUUGGAAUAAAAUCUGUGGUAUAUAAGGACAACCCACAUGAAGGGAUGAACGACGUUCUGGCUGCACGGAGAAUAUUUGACACAACAGGUGUUACUGUAAGGGGUUCCUGAUACCCAUGAUGCUAUAAUGCAGUGACUAUAGAUAGUAGUCACUGUAUAAUGUCGGUAUGCAGAGUGUCACCGGUGCUUCGGGGUCUGUAACACCCCAAAAUGGAUAUUAGGUCGGUGUUCCGAGAGCGGGCGCUUCGGGGUCCCUGAUACCCCACGAUGAUAUUAGAUCGCUAUCCAGAGGGCGUCAUUGGCGCAGCGGGUGUAGCGGCCGGCGUCAAAGUUGAUAAAGAAGAAAAUGUUCAUUCAGGAGAAAUUCUCAACGUUGCUUUUACCAAACAUUUUUGUUAAUCAUUUAUUUUCAUGAAUAAAAUUCAAAUAGCUUUUCUGUA